AGUAGUAUAUAAAGGAAAGAACCCUAGCCUUUCCUUUUUUUCUCCUUCUUCCUCUGUCGGGUCGCACGGGGCGCUCUCUCUCUCUCUCUCCUUCUCUCUUUCACUCUGGAAAGCUCGACUUCCGGCCAUCGACUUUUGGCACCACCACCACCACCACCAAAAGAUAGCCUAGUUCUAGUUUUGAUUUGGCUAUCAGAUAAUCUUUCUCUCUCUUCUUUAUCAGAUUUCAAAACCAAAACGAAGAAGGAGCCCUCGUCAAAAUGACAAAACCUAAACUAAAGUCGCCAUCUCUCUCUCGGGCACAGGCCCUCUCCCUCUCAGCUUCUCUCCUCGACGGUUCAAUUUCUUUUACAACAAAAAGAAUGACUAGAGCUUUUGGGAACCCAUUAAUCCGACACAAGUUAAUUGAGGCUAUCCAGUUCAAAAGAUAAACAAGCUCAAGCGCUCUGGUUUUGUUAACUGAUUUGGAGCGUUUUCUGGGUACCCAAAACCCAGAACUGAGUUGGGUCUGUGUGUGAAAAGGGGUUGAAGACGAUGAAGAACGAAGAACAAGCUCGGUUUCUGUUUGGGAUUUCGCUCUCUGAUAGACCCAAAUGGCAGCAAUUCCUGCUUUGCUCUUCUGGGUUCUUCUUUGGUUAUCUGGUUAAUGGUGUCUGUGAGGAAUAUGUGUAUAACAGGCUACAAUUCAGUUAUGGGUGGUACUUCACAUUUGUACAAGGAUUUGUGUAUCUAUUUCUGAUUUAUCUUCAAGGCUUUACCACCAAGAAAAUGGUGAACCCAUGGAAGACUUAUGUGAAGCUAUCUGCUGUGCUUAUAGGCUCUCAUGGACUCACCAAAGGCUCCUUGGCUUUUCUCAACUACCCUGCACAGCUAAUGUUCAAAUCAGCAAAGGUUUUGCCUGUGAUGAUAAUGGGAGCCUUCAUACCAGGUUUGAGGCGGAAGUAUCCACCUCAUGAGUACGUUUCUACAAUCCUUCUGGUGGUGGGUCUGAUCCUAUUCACCUUAGCGGAUGCACAAACGUCUCCCAACUUCAGCGUGAUUGGUGUGGUGAUGGUAUCGGGUGCUCUAGUCAUGGAUUCGUUUUUGGGUAAUUUGCAAGAAGCAAUAUUUACCAUGAAUCCUGAAACCACACAGAUGAUUCACAUUCUCCUUGGGUGCUUAAAAGUGAAUUAGAUGCAUGUUCAUGGAAAAGCUGUGACUUCGGUUAUAAUGUUGUUCUCUAUCUUAUCUUAUCCACAGAUGGAGAUGCUGUUUUGCUCUACAGUAGUUAGUCUACCUUUCUUGGUGCCACCAAUGAUUUUGACAGGAGAAUUAUUCAAAGCGUGGAGUUCAUGUUCUCAGGUAACUUGCCAGUUACAAAAUCUUUUGAUUCCAGACUUGUUACAUUCCUCGCAAGCCUCUCAGUUACACCUAACCUUUUGGUAUUAUGCAGCAUCCAUACGUAUAUGGUGUGUUAGUCUUGGAAGCCAUGGCCACGUUUAUUGGCCAAGUUUCUGUCCUUUCCUUCAUUUAUCUUUCUUGAAUUUCUAAUAGACUGUGAUUGUUAGUAUUCUUUAUUUCUGUGGCAGAAUGAUGGCUAAGUAGUCAUAUUUCAAUUUUGGGGUCCAACCAAUUUUGUGGUCAAAGUCUUUCAGUUAUAUCUCUUCUCAAUAUGUUCCAGCAAUAUAUGAGCUAUGAAGCAAGUUCUAUUUGCACAAAGGAAGAGAUUUCUUAUUUGUAACAGAACUGUGAUCAAACUCUUUGUCUCUUGGAUCUUCUUUAAACAGCAGCCUACAGUUUACUAAUUUCCAGUUUCCAGGUCAUCAAUUGCAUAUAUUUACUUCUACUUAUGGAUGUAGGUUAUGGAGAGCACCUGUGGAUUCCACUUACUCCUAGAAUGGUAGACAUGCUCAGUGAAUAAGCUAAAGUAAACAAAGCAGGCUUUUGUUCUCUGUUAAUUAUAUGCAGCAUCUCAGCAAGGAAAAUUUCUGUUCUAGGACACUUUAGGAUGCCGGAAAGGGAUCACUAUCACAUUUGCUUUAGUUAUAGGCAUGGUUAAUGUGCAAUGGACACAUUUUAUGGACAAGUUUAUAUUUUUUGGGUUUAUGUAUUUAUAGGCCCUAGGUAGUGUUAAUUCCUUGUAAAUGU